UCUUAUGAUUUUGGCCACGAGCGGUUUUCUUCUAGAACGUAGAAGACUCAGGUCGGCGCUUGAACCCAGUAGGAGCUGGGGUCCCUGUAGAUAGCUCAAUCUGGCACACCAAAUGUUACCCAGUUGAAGUCAUUCUGCAGAUGAAUUUACGUCUAGACUGCACAGCGUGGGCGAGCACCAGCCAUGCACGCAGGCUCGCCCCAGUUGCCAGAAGGCAAUACUCCUGGCCGCCGUGCUUAUUGGUUGCUCACAGUGCAAGGCAAAUACAGGAUGGGGCAGAAGCGGGCGUGCCCGGCGCCGAUGCGCAAGUGUCUUCGGCACGGUCUUCGGCAGCACCGCCGGCGCCAUCGCCAUCGCCGAACCCGGCGGCAUCGGGGCCAGCCAUGGCCGUCGGGCCAGAGGACGACAGCUUUGCGCGGGCCUGGAAGCCGCCCCCAGGGGAGCCGCCGCUAUGGUUUGUGGAGAAGUUCGAGGAGCGGCGGAAAGAGGAGGCGCAGCGGAAGGUUGAGGACCCUGCCUUCGUCACGACCCUGGACAAAGUGUCGCAGGAUCGGGACGGGAAGGGCGGCGACAAUCCGGCCGUGGCGUUUAUAAAGGGCAUGCUACAGGUGGUGCAGCUGCUGGUGGUUCUGUCGCUGCUGCUGCUGUUCCCAGCGGCCAUGCACGACGGAGGACUGUCGGCAGUGGCGCGGCCCUGGACCACCUUCGCCUUCUACCUGGCGUUCUUUGGUCUCGGAACCAUCGCGCGCAUGGUCAAGCACGGCAGGCUGGUCCCGCGCAGCGCCGACAAACAGGUGGCGAGCUGGGCUGGGCGUCUUGCCUUCGUGGCCUUUGUUGUGGUUGUGCCGCUGCUGCACUGGGCGGCCAUGUAUCGCUACGUGGGACUCAGCCUCUACACCUCCACGCUACCUGCAGGCACCACGCUGUACGACGUUGCGGGCGGGCUGGGCAUGGCCGCGGCCACGGCGCUCAAUGCACUUGCUAGCCGCGAACUGGGCCCCGCCUAUGACCGCGUGGCGGUGCCGCCGGUGCUAGUCACCAGCGGCCCCUACCGCUGGAUGCAACACCCCAUCUACGCAUCCUACAUACUGCUGUUCUUCUCAUACGGCAUGUGGCUGCACUCCGCAACCGCGGCGUGUGCGUUGCUGCUGGCGUGCGGCCUGUACUACCGCGGCCGCACGGCCCUGGAAGGGAAGGUGCUGGAGGGGGCGUUCGGGACCUACUACCGCGACUACGUCGCGCGCACCAAAUGUUGGCUGAUCCUUUAAGCGAGCGAGUAACUGUUGGUUAAUCAACGUUUUGGGGCCUGGCGGCGGCAGUGGCGGCGCACGGCCUCGCGGCGGCGGCGGCGGCAGCGGCAGUGACGCAGGAUUUAGCAUUGGCGGCGUGCAUGUGCGUGGCAGACAGGGCAGACAAGGCCACGUGGAGGAGGAAAGCGCGGCGCCGCCUAAGAAGCGGCGCCAGCAGUGCGCAGGGCGAGGCCCGGCCGGUGUCUGGUUCGCAGUCUUUGCUGGCGAGCAUAACUAACAUGGCACGGUGUGUGGUAGGCCGAAGCAGUGAGGAUUGUUGUGGCUAGAGGAUUUACUGCUGUUUGGUUCAUUUCUGGCUGUGCUUGUGCUUGGCAGCGGGACGUGGCUGGGCGCAUGGCGGGCCCUGCCUGUAUGGCUGUUUACUUAGUGUGUUGCCUGCUGUGCUUGUGCUUGACAGCGACAGAUUGCCUGUCCAAAGCGACCCCGGCUACAGAUAGGAGCAAGGCAACUGGAGCGGGUAGAGACGACACGUAUGCAGUUCCCUCCACCAGGUGCGACACGUGUACGUGUAAGAUGAGAAUCAU